CAUGUCUAACAAAUUUCAACGCAGCUCUCCGCAAAUGCUGGGCGCAGGCGUGGGCGUGGACGCCUCGGUAGUCUCCUCAACGGCAAGCAAUCAGCCGAGGAAACGCGUCAAACGAUGCUGCAGGAACUUUGUCACGUUCAUGUGCACCCAGGUGGGCGUGGGCGCCCUCAUCGUUUUCUAUGCCAUCUGCGGCGCAUUGGCCUUUAUGAACAUUGAGCGAGAGUAUGUGGACAAGACGGCGACAUAUGUCCUUGAGCUGAGGCAGAAUUACUCGCAGCGUCUCUGGAACAUCACCGAGGAGCUUAACCUGAUUGACAAGCCGCUUUGGGUGAACGAGACGAAUGCGGUGCUUCGGGAAUAUCAGGUGCAGAUAGCGGCCAUCAUUAAGAAUGGCUAUGUGGGACGCAGUCCGGCGCAAAUCUGGAGCUUCCCGGCAGCGUUAAUGUUCUGCCUGUCGGUGAUCACCAUGAUUGGCUAUGGGAACAUGGUGCCGCGUACGCCCUGGGGCAAGGGCUUCACUGUCAUCUAUGCCACAUUUGGCAUACCCCUCUAUAUACUCUACUUUCUCAAUAUGGGUCGCGUGCUGGCGCGUUCGUUUAAGUUUCUGUACCGCUCCAUGCACGACUGCACCCAGGAGCGCAGCUAUGAUGCUCGCCUGGAGGCGCUGGAGAACGGCAGUUCUCUGGGCGCCCUGACGCUACGCAAAAAGAUAAUUGUGCCCUCAACGGCUUGUCUGUGGGUCAUCAUCUUCUAUGUGCUCACAGGCACCAUUAUGUUUGCCAACUGGGAGAAAUGGAGCUUUCUAAAUAGCUUCUAUUUCUGCAUGACAUCACUGUGUAAAAUCGGAUUCGGGGACUUUGUGCCGGGCGCUUCGCUAACGACUGCCGCCGAUGUGGAUGCAGCCACGCAUAAGCUGCGCGAAGACAUAUCCGCCGAUCCGAAUGAGGUGUCCGAGCUGCAGCGCAUUACCGAUCAACACUCCAAGCUGGCCAUUAACUUUAUAUAUAUGCUGCUGGGCAUGGGACUGGUGGCCAUGUGCCGUAAUCUGAUGCGCGAGGAGGUGCGCGUCAAGCUCAAGGAGAUGAAGGAGGAUGCCAAGUUGUGUGUGGAGGAUACGCGUCUACGUUUUGUUGGCUGCUGUGGCGAUCCGCGUGAUUUAUAUGAAACUGAUUAUUACUAGGUGUGCGAGCG